AUGGCUGCUCUGCGAGCGUCGUCCUUGCUGCGCCCGGCCACUCGUGCCGCGAGGAACCCCGCUGUCUCCAGACUCCCUGCUCGAGCCUUCUCCGUCUCCUUCGCCCGCGCCGCAUCGUCCUUGUUCCCCGAGGAGCCUGCUCGUCCCACGGUCAAGACAGAGAUUCCAGGGCCCGUGUCCAAGAAGUACAUUGAGGACCUCCAUGAGGUCUUUGACACGCGCAGCUUGAACAUGCUGACCGACUACACCAAGAGCAUCGGCAAACUACAUCGCCGACCCCGACGGCAACGUCCUCCUCGAUGUCUACGCCAAAAUCGCCCUCCAUUCCCCUGGGCUACAAAAAACCCUGCCCCUCAUCGCCGGCCGCCAAGACCCCCCGACAUUGGUCAACGGCCAUCGUCAACCGGGCCCGCCCUCGGCAACUUCCCCCUCCCACGACUGGGCCUCGAUCCUGCGCUCCGGCAUCCUCAAGGCCGCCCCCCCCCGGCCUCAACCAGGUCUUCACCGCCAUGGCUGGCUCCCGACGCCAACGAGACGGCAUACAAGGCUGCUUUCAUGUACCGCCGCCAGCAGGAGCGUGGUGGCCCCAACUUCAACACGUGGAUGGGCGACCCCGCCCGCGCCCUCCUCUUCCGCGCCAUCCUGUCCGAGGUCCGCGCCCACGACCUCGUCGAGCGCACCGCCCAGGUCGGCGCCCACCUCUUUGCCGGCCUCGAGCGUCUCGCCGCCAAGUACCCCGACCAGGUCGCCAACCUGCGCGGCAAGGACCGCGGCACCUUCAUCGCCUUCGACAGCCCGCGCCGCGACGAGGUGCUCAAGACGGCCAAGACGCUCGGCGUCAACAUUGGCGGCUCGGGCGCGAGCGCCGUGCGGUUGAGGCCCAUGCUGGUGUUUGAGGAGAGCCAUGCGGAUAUCCUGCUGGAGACACUGGAGACGAUUGUGUCUUCUUGAUGUGUCUUUCUGUUUAGGAAAAAAAAAUUACAAGUAGUGAUUCAUCUUCGACAAGCGACGGACUAUAAGAAAGCUAUUGACUAGUUAAUACAAUACUGCAUGCCAGAC